AUGGGUGUACCUUUUAAUCAUGUUCGAAGAAGCACUCCAGUUGGUUGGACUGGCAGAUUGGACUCGACUUGCGCAAAAUUUGGUCUUCUUGCUUGUGUAUGGCUUGCGGUAGCCUGUCCAGUGCAAGCUUCCUCAGCUCGACAAGGAGCAAGGAUAUUGAAUCCUGGCAAAUGCACCAAACAUUUAAUAUCUACCACGUUGUCGACCCGUGGCGGUAGCAGUCAAGUUCCCCACGAUUUUCCCCAGACUUCAGGGUUUGCCCGGGUCCCUAGUGACGGGACGAUGUACCCGGAAGCGUACGCAGGCGCACCCGUCCCAGAAAACGACGACCCGUUCCACGAGACAGUGCAAGAGCGAGUCGACUACUGGCGUACUCAACAACGACAACAGGCCGCAGCUAAUAUGUACUCUCCGCGAGACGAAAAAGGAAGGAUGAAACUCUUGACUUCGGUCGGAAAAGGUUCCCGCGCUCUCAUUUUCUUUGUCCUGAUGUGGAGAGAUGUUCAUCUCUACGAAGUUGCUGAUCAACUCAAGAGCGGAUUAACGCGGCUUUUCUUUGUUAUUCCUUUGGCCGUGCUAUUUAUCGCCAACAUGGCGGGGGCUGUGGCAUCCAUCACGUCACCUUCACAAUCCGCAAAGAAACGUCUGAAAGCGAUCCUCAAUCUAGACAAGCUUUUGGAAGUUCUACUGAUCGUGUUUUACUUCCUGCGACUUACUAUUGCACCUUCGAAAUAUACACCGCGCGAAAUAUACAUUUCCAAUACGUUACAUUCAGUGUUUUUCAUACUACAAUGUCAGGCCUUUACUAAAAUGUCCUGGGACGAGACCGCUGCGCAACCUGUUAACUCAUACACCACCAUGGAGCCCGAGAAGGCAUCGACAACACCAAGUAGUACCUUGGCAGAUGAUGGAUGGUAUGAUAGUCAAGCAAUAGGGGAUUUUAAAAAAACUAAGUUCUAAUUGUC